ACAAUUUCUUACUUGUUAAAGCAACUCAGUAAAUCAAACAAAAUGUUCAAAUUCACUGUUGUCAUCUUCGCCCUCAUUGCCUGUGCUGCUGCCAAACCCGGUUUUGUUGCUCCUUUGGCUUACACUGCUCCAGCCGCUGUUGUUGCUGCCCCUGCUCCCGUUGUCACUGCCACCAGUAGCCAAGUUAUUGCCCGCAACUACAAUGGUAUUGCCACUGCUCCCGUUGUUGCCCCCGUAGCUGCUCCCGUUGUUGCCAAGACUGUUGCUUAUACUGCUCCUGUAGCUGCUGCUUAUACAGCUCCCGUUGUAGCUAAAUAUGCUGCCGCUUACCCUCAUGCUUUGGCUUACUCUACUCCCGUUGUAGCUAAAUACGCCGCCGCUUAUUCUCAUCCUUUAGCUUACUCCGCUCCCGUUGUAGCCAAAUAUGCCGCCGCUUACUCUCAUCCUUUGGCCUACUCUGCACCUUUGACUUAUGCUGCUGCGCCAGCUUUCUUUUAAAACUAUUUAUUAGCGAAUUUAAA